UUCAAGCGUGCAUACCCUGAAUUGGGACACAGCCGUCGUGUGCUGGAGUACGCAGUAAAGUGUUAGAGUGGACUAACAUCCAGAGUGAUUAUUGGCUCGUCGCAUCACACGAGAGUGCUACAAGUGUGACAGACGCAUGGGAGUUUUCCUCAAUGACUCAGUGACGUAAUGACCUGUGGAGGAAUGCGUGUUUCCAGAUGUAUGAACGCAGACAUCCGGGACAGCCUAUACAGCGAGACUAACGUUUCCCAGCAUGCCUCGGCUGUGGAGCUGUAUGAGGAAGAGCUGUUUGUCCUGCUGCCCUGUGAGUUUCCCACUUUUGAACUGGACAGCCCCACAGUGGUGUGGAGUCGCUCCGACCUCAGUCCUCCAACCGUCCACCAGCUUCAAGGAGACGAACUGAAAGAUCCAAACCAGCGUUACAGCGGCCGAACAUCCAUGAAGACUGACGCUCUGGAAACUGGAGACCUCAGCCUGAACCUGACCAACCUCCACCUGUCUGACAGCGCCACCUACACCUGCUCCGUCAGAUCAUUUAGACUGAGAGAUGUCCCACUGCAGGUCAAAGAACCAUUUCCAUCCUGGGCCAAAGCUCUGUUGGUUCUCCUGGUUCUCCUAGUUUUCCUGGUUCUCCUGGUUCUGUUGGUUCUCCUGGUCCUCCUGGUUCUCCUGGUUCUCCUGGUUCUUGUUCUCAUCGUCUCUGGAGGUCUUUUAUUUCAUUUCCGGCACUAUUUUAAGUCAGGUUCUCGGACUCGUCCGUGACCCCGAUCUGUUUCCCUGGUGGCGUGGAGUGGAGUGAGAGUGAGUGUGCUGGAAACAAAUACGAGAGGAGCGAGUGAGCGGAGCGUGUGUUGGACUUUGUCCCUUUUCCCCUGGACCGUUGCACAUCCUGCCCUGUACACGUGGGGUUUGUAAAUAAAUGUACGACUGCUGUUCUAGUUCAGCUGCUCUGCGCCUGCUGACAGGUGCAGUUAUUAUAUGACAUUUUAUUAUUGUAUUAUCCAUCCAUUCACCUCUACUGUUCUUGCAUUACAUCACAUAGUCAGCAUAAAUAUGUUUUUAAUGAAUGAUGAAAGUGGGAUGAAUUUAAUGAGCCUUGUUGAGAGAGGUGGGACAGAGAGAGACAGAAGUCCCCCCCUCACCUCUUAUUGGCUCUGAGAGAAAUAAAAAGGUUUUAACAUUUAGGCUGUUGUGUUUACAAUGAUAUGAAGUGCUGUUAGUAAAUCAUCUUCAUUCUGAAUCAGAAGUUUAA